UUCACGAUGACUCUGCUCAGAUACCCGGUCCAGCUGCAGCUGCUGCUCAGUACUGUGCUCGGCUCUUGUUUGGGUUUGGAGUUCCUCGGAGCACGAGGACAGUGGGCCCGUUUUCUCCGCUGGGACGCCAGCACCAGAAGUGACCUCAGUUUCCGGGUCAAAACGGACGCUUCCACGGCGCUGCUCUUGUACUUUGAUGACGGCGGUUACUGCGACUUCCUCCAGCUGAUGGUGGUUGAGGGCAAGCUGCAGCUGCGGUUCAGCAUCGACUGCGCCGAGACCACACUGGUUUCGGGUAAACGGGUCAACGACAGCAGCUGGCACUCGGUCACCGUGAGCAGGGCCAACCUGAGGACGGUGCUCGGCGUGGACGGAGACAGCAAGGCCGACGAGGUGCGACCUCAGAGGCAGUACAUGAAGAUCGUUAGUGACCUCUUCCUGGGCGGAGUCCCCCAGGACAUUCGCAGCUCGGCCCUGACCUUACCCACCGCCAAGGACCUGCCGCCUUUUAAAGGAGUUAUCAGGGACCUAAAAUACGGCAACAAGGAGCCUACGCUGCUUAGCAGCCAGAGGGUCCGGAUGGACACGGAGGGUGUCUGCACCGAGAACCCGUGUGAGAACGGAGGGAUUUGCGCUCUUGUGGACGGGGAACCUCAAUGCGAUUGCUCCAAGACGGAGUACAGCGGGCGGUUCUGCAGCGAAGGUAACCACGUCACAGGCUUGGCGCACAUGAUGAUGGCCGAACAAGGUAAAAAAAAAGCCCGAGAGGAGAACGUGGCCACCUUCCGAGGCUCAGAGUACUUUUGCUACGACCUCUCUCAGAACCCCAUCCAGAGCAGCAGUGAUGAGAUCACGCUCUCCUUCAAGACCUGGCAGCGCAACGGGCUGAUUCUGCACACGGGCAAGUCGGCCGACUAUGUCAACCUGGCGCUGAAGGACGGCGCCGUGUCCCUGGUCAUCAAUCUAGGUUCUGGGGCCUUUGAGGCCAUCGUCGAGCCGGUCAACGGCAAAUUCAACGAUAAUGCCUGGCAUGAUGUCAAAGUUACUCGCAAUCUCAGACAGGUCACCAUCUCCGUGGAUGGCAUCCUUACCACCACAGGCUACACGCAGGAGGACUACACCAUGCUGGGUUCAGAUGAUUUCUUCUACGUCGGAGGAAGCCCGAGUACCGCUGACUUACCUGGUUCACCUGUCAGCAACAACUUCAUGGGCUGCCUCAAAGAGGUCGUGUACAAGAACAACGACAUCCGGUUGGAGCUGUCUCGGCUGGCUCGCAUCGUGGACCCUAAGAUGAAGAUCCAGGGAGAUGUUGUGUUUAAGUGCGAGAACGUUGCCACGCUCGACCCAAUCUCUUUCGAGACCCCUGAGGCCUACAUCAGCCUUCCGAAGUGGAACACCAAGCGCAUGGGCUCCAUCUCGUUCGACUUCCGCACCUCCGAGCCCAACGGCCUGAUUCUGUUCACGCACGGCAAACCGCAGGACAGGAAGGCAGCCGGGAGUCAAAAGAACACCAAGGUGGACUUUUUCGCAGUGGAGCUGCUGGACGGGAGUCUGUACCUGCUGCUGGACAUGGGCUCGGGCACCAUCAAGGUCAAAGCUACGCAGAAUAAAGUCAACGAUGGGACGUGGUACCACGUGGACAUCCAGAGAGAUGGAAGAUCAGGUACUAUAUCCGUAAACAGCCGCCGUACGCCGUUCACGGCCAGCGGAGAGAGCGAGAUCCUGGACCUGGAGGGCGAUAUGUACCUUGGCGGACUUCCCGAGAACCGCGCCGGCCUCAUCCUGCCCACCGAGCUCUGGACAGCCAUGCUCAACUACGGCUACGUGGGCUGCAUCAGGGACCUGUUCAUCGACGGACGCAGUAAAGACAUCAGACAGAUAGCCGAAGAGCAGAACGGCGCAGGGAUCAAACCGUCCUGCAACAAGAUGCCGGGGAAGCAGUGCGAGAGCUACCCGUGUAAGAACAAGGGGGCGUGUAAGGAAGGCUGGAACCGCUUCAUCUGCGACUGCACUGGCACUGGGUACUGGUCCCGGACCUGCGAGAGAGAGGCGUCGAUCCUGAGCUACGACGGCAGCAUGUACAUGAAGGUGGUGAUGCCCACGGUGAUGCACACCGAGGCUGAGGACGUCUCGCUGCGCUUCAUGUCUCAGAGAGCGUACGGUCUGCUCAUGGCCACCACGUCGCGCGACUCGGCCGACACCCUGCGCCUGGAGCUGGACGGCAGCCGCGUCAAACUCACCGUCAACUUAGACUGUAUCAGGAUUAACUGUAACUCCAGCAAGGGACCAGAGACACUGUAUGCUGGACAAAAACUCAAUGACAAUGAGUGGCAUACGGUGCGGGUGAUCCGGCGCGGUAAAACCUACAAGCUCACAGUUGACGAUGACGUAGCUGAAGGUCAGAUGGUGGGCGACCAUACUCGUCUGGAGUUCCACAACAUCGAGACAGGUGUGAUGACCGAGCGCCGUUUUGUCUCGCACAUCCCGUCCAGCUUCAUCGGCCACUUGCAGAGCCUCAGGUUCAACGGCCUGCUCUAUAUCGACCUGUGCAAGAAUGGCGACAUCGACUAUUGCGAGCUGAACGCGCGCUUCGGCAUGCGCUCCAUCAUCGCCGACCCAGUGACCUUCAAAGCCAAGAGCAGCUACCUGAGCCUGGCCACGUUGCAGGCCUACACCUCCAUGCACCUGUUCUUCCAGUUCAAGACCACGUCAGCGGACGGGAUCAUCUUGUUCAACAGCGGGGACGGGAGCGACUUCAUUGCCGUGGAGCUGGUGAAAGGGUACAUCCAUUACGUGUUUGAUCUUGGUAACGGCCCGAACCUCAUCAAAGGCAACAGUGACCGAGCUCUGCAUGACAACCAGUGGCACCACGUGGUCAUCACCAGAGACAACAGCAAUCUGCAUACCCUUAAAGUCGAUACCAAGGUUGUCAGUCAAGUGGUUAAUGGUGCCAAGAACCUGGACCUAAAAGGUGAUCUUUUUAUUGCUGGUUUGGGACCCAACAUGUACAACAGCCUUCCCAAACUAGUAGCCUCGCGGGAGGGCUUUAAAGGUUGCCUGGCGUCUGUGGACCUGAACGGCCGUCUGCCCGACCUGAUAAACGACGCUCUGUUCCGCAGCGGGCAGAUUGAGCGUGGAUGUGAAGGUCCUAGCACCACGUGUCAAGAGGAUUCCUGCGCCAACAUGGGCGUCUGCAUCCAGCAGUGGGAGAACUACACCUGCGACUGCUCCAUGACCUCCUUCACGGGAAUGCACUGCAACGAUCCUGGAACGACGUUCAUCUUCGGCAAAGGUGGAGGUCUCAUCACCUACAACUGGCCGGCUAACGAGCGGCCGAGCACGCGCAUGGACCGUCUGACGGUGGGCUUCAGCACCUCCCUGAAGGACGGGAUUCUGGUGCGCAUCGACAGCGCUCCGGGCCUGGGAGACUACAUCAUGCUCCAUAUUGAACAAGGCAAAAUCGGCGUCACGUUCAACAUCGGGAUGGUCGACAUCAUUGUGCAGGAGGGCAGCAUGCCGGUGAACGACGGCAAGUACCACGUGGUGCGCUUCACGCGGAACGGGGGCAACGCCACGCUUCAGGUGGACAACUGGGCCAUCAACGAGCACUUCCCCUCAGGCAACAACGAUAAUGAGAGAUUGCAAAUGGCAAAUAAGAAAAUCCCGUUCAAAUAUGCCCGGCCUGUAGAGGAGUGGCUGCAAGAGAAAGGGCGCCAGUUAACCAUCUUCAACACGCAGGCCACCAUCACGAUCGGUGGCACGGACCGCAGGAGGCCGUUUCAGGGCCAGCUCUCGGGCCUCUACUACAACGGCCUCAAGGUGCUCAACAUGGCCGCUCAGGGCAACCCCAACAUCCGGAUCAACGGGAGCGUGCGGCUGGUGGGCGACGUCCCCGCUGCCGGAUCGGCCCGCACCACGGCCAUGCCCCCGGAGAUGUCCACCACCUUCAUCGAGACCACCACCACCAUGUCCACCACCACCACGAGAAAACACCGCUCGCCACCUACAAUAUCGAGUGCAGAUGACAUCGUCACAUCAGCCGAAUGCUCCAAUGACGACGAGGACCUGGAGGAGUGCAACUUCGAGCACGCAGGUGGGCUAGCGAUCCCCACGGAGCCGGGCGUCAGGCGCGUUCCCGGGGCCUCCGAGGUCGUCCGGGAAUCUAGCAGCACCACUGGAAUGGUCGUCGGGAUAGUUGCUGCUGCCGCUUUGUGCAUCCUCAUCCUCCUGUACGCCAUGUAUAAGUACAGAAACAGGGACGAGGGGUCGUACCAAGUGGACGAGAGCCGCAAUUACAUAACCAACUCAGCGCAGAGCAACGGCGCGGUCAUGAAGGACAAGCAGCACGGCUCGAAAGGCAGCAACAAGAAACAGAAAAACAAGGACAAGGAAUAUUACGUGUGAGACUGCGCGACUGUGAAACGGGUGACGCCAAGGCGUAUCAGGAGCAGCGCUGACAGAGAGAGAGAGAGAGAGAGAGAGAAAGAGCGAGAGAGAGAUUUUCAUUUUGGCACUGUGCUGAGGCACUGAGCUCUCACACCAACUGUAAUAUAAAGCACACUAUUGUGUAAGCAUACCACGAUGGUAAAUAGCGACAUUAGUGACCUUUAUUCUUCGAUCCGGUCGACGCCGUUAUCAGUGUAGAAUACUUCACAGCUACAUCAUUAUCUUAAAAAAAAAGUGACUUUUAAAAAGGUAUGUGAUCCUUGGCAUUUUUUUUUAUCCUGAAAAAAAAAAAAAAAAAACAAGAAUGAGAGAGAGCGAGAGCGAGGAGAAUAUUGUUCUGGAAAUUUCAAGCAUGUGAGUGACACAUGGUGUUAUAAGAGAUGGACAAAAAAUAUAUAAAUAUAUAUAUACAUAUAUAUAUAUAUAUAUAUAUAUAUAUAGAUAGAUAUAGAUAUAGAUACACAUUGUGUGUGAGAAUGAGACAGAAGGACUCUUGCCAAAAAAUCAAUCUAUAAAUACCUAUGAAAGAUUUGUAUUGUUUAUACAUUAUAUGUGGUGUCAAUUAUUUUUUUUUUGCUCUCUGCAAAAAAAAAAGAGAAAAAAAAAGAAAAAAAAUGUAGUAAAUCAAAUCAGACGAGCGAGGACGGCUCGCUGGCGCUCUCGCGGCACUGUUAAUCAAACCUCGACCAAAUGAUUCGGAUUUUACAACCGACUGUGACGUUUGAGGAAAAAAAAAAACAACGAAGAAGAAGAAGAAUUUGUGAAUUUGAGCGAAGUGGUGCAUUUUAUCUUUGUCUCAGUAAAGCGACUGAUUGUAAUGCAUGCCAUCUUUACACUACGAUGUAUGACGUUCAGCCGAGGUUGAACAGAUCUGCCAGGCCAGUUGAUCCAUCAGACACAACUUUUCCUGUUUAUUUGUUUAUUUAUUUGUUAUUUAUUUAUGAAUUCAUUUGAUCCUCACCUCUGAACGUGACGCUGCCGCCGCUGCCACCGGAUGUCACGUUUCCUCCGCAGCUGGCGCCGGCUUUGAUCUUUUUUGCGAUCAUGAUGUAUGUUGGUCCACUUCCUCUUGUUCUCUUUUUUAUGAAAAAGCUGUCUGGUGCACACUGGCACUCCUACUAUAACGCUGUUAACGGAUGUCUAUACGGAAAAAUAAAUCUAACGUGAAAAGUGUGAAUUCUAUCUGUUGUCACAGUCGACUGAAAAAAAAAAGAAUAAAAUAUGUUUACAUAUUUUAUUACAUUAUGAUGAUACAAUAAUAGCGGUUGUACUUUUUAGGUAGAUUAUAUGUACAUAUUGAACUUGAGUUGUAUUUUUUUUAGUAAUUAUUCUACUGUACAGAGAGAUCGUAUUGAUCAACUUAUUCCCUGUGCUUCAUGAAGAAAAAAAAAAAAAACUUGACGUUAAUCUAAUGAAAGACUCUGAAGUCAGAAAAAAAACAA